CAAAACACACUAACCAAACAGCUAAACUGUUUAUUCAGAACAUGGGCAAAAUGAUCAAUUUUUCACAAUCAGCUGUUUUUCAUAAGCGUCAACCAAACAGCCAGAUAGGUUAUCCGGAUCAGCUGCUCAUCAGCAGAUUAUCAGGAUAAGCUGCUUAUCAGCAGAAGCUGGAUAAGCUGCAGCUGCCCCAAACAGACCCUAAUUUUUAUUCACAAGAGAGUUUUUAGCGUAAUGCAUAUUGACCCCUUAUAGCCAUGUAUGUCUCUACGGUUAUGAACCCUAGCGGAGGCCGGCUCUCCACCGCACGUUGCACUCUCCUCGCGCACUCGCUCAGCCCAAUCUUCUGCCCAAAAUCUAAAAAAUUGGGAAGUUUCUGCAUAGAUCUAUCUUCUCCUAAACAAUUUUAGAAGAAAAGCAGAUUUCCACUCCCAUCACCGCAGAUUCGAUAGAUCCCUGGUUGAAUAUAUGAGAGCUAGAGACCGUGAAUCUCAGCUUGGUUUCCCCUUCGUCGCUUCUUCUUCCCGACAUGAAAGUCCGGUUUUCUUCAUCCUCCAUCGCCGUCUUUUCAUUUCUUAUAUGUUCCUUUCUUGUAGCAUUGACUGCAUCGCCUGCACUCGCCAGAUCCAUUCCCAAAAAAAAUGGUCUUGGAAGUAAAGGAAAUGAAAACGAGAAGAAGGCUGACGAGGAGUGUGAGGGUCGAUGGAUUCACAUCCGGGAGUUGCCGGCGCAGUUUAAUACAGAGCUCCUCAGCAGCUGCAAAUCCUUCCCAAUAUUCACCGACGACUUCUGCCCCUUCCUCGCCAACCAUGGACUUGGCCCCCGCACCCACAACCGCUCCCUCUCCUGGUACCGCACCGACUCCCACUACCUCGAGCCCUUCUUCCACCGCCGCCUCAACGAAUACCCCUGCCUUACCGCCGACCACGCCCGCGCGAACGCCAUCUUCGUCCCCUACUAUACAUCUCUUGACGCCCUCCCUUACCUGUACUCCCCGCAUCUCUACAACGAUUCUGCACAGCACGGCCUCAACCUCCAUCGCUUCCUUGUCGAUGACGAUAAUCCCCAGAUCUGGGCUCGCCGCUCAGGCCAUGACCAUUUCCUCGUGAUUGCCCGCCCAGCCUGGGACUUUUCGCAGGAUCCAGCCUCCUACCCUCCUUCUUGGGGCACGUCCUUCCUCCACCUCCCUGCCUUUCUCAACCUCACCGUCCUCACCGUUGAAUCUCGCCCAGAUCCAUGGCAGGAGCACGCCAUCCCCCACCCAACCUCUUUUCAUCCAGCCACUCUCGAUCGACUCGAAUCCUGGAUUGACCGCGCAAGCCGCUCCCCCCCCCCCCCCCCCCUCCCUUUCCCCCGCGGGGGGGGGCGGGGGGGGGGCGCCCGUAUCCGAGCGGAAUGCGAGAACCGCACCGAUGUCUGUCAGAUCGUCGAUUGCUCGGACGGCGCCUGCUCCCACGACCCGAUUCGUUACAUGGUGCCAAUGCUCCGCUCGCGAUUCUGCUUACAGCCACCUGGCGAUACCCCACACACACGACGCUCGACGUUCGACGCCAUCAUCGCCGGCUGCAUCCCAGUUUUCUUCGAGGAGAUCUCGGCGAGGUUGCAGUACAGAUGGCAUCUACCGCCAGAUGACUAUGAGAAGUUCUCAGUAUUUAUUCCGAAAGAGGAGGUUGUGUUCGGUGGCGUCCACGUAGCCGACGUGCUGGAGGGGGUCAGCGACAAGGAUGUGCGGCGGAUGCGGCGGAAAGUACUGGAGCUUGCGCCUCGUGUGAUGUAUCGCCGACAUGGCAGCUCGGCCGGUCUCCGUUCAAGGAAGGAUGCGUUUGAUGUUGCGAUUGAUGGCGUGCUCCGCCGCAUCAAGUUGCGAAGCGGGUCGGGGGAGCCGCUUCUAUUCGACGAUGACAAGCUCUAGUUCAUGGACGGCUUGGUUGAAUUAAAGGAAUAUUAUAUGUGAACAUGGAUAUGAAGUUGAGCAGUGCGCAGAGGAGUACAGUGCGAAGUUAGAGAAAGAUCUGAAGCUUAUAUGAAGUUGAGAACAGACGAGAGAGAUACAGGUGUAAUGAGCUCAGAAAGGAGAAGGGAAAGCCAUCAUGGCAGCUUGUCUUGGAACAAUUUGAUGUUGUUCUUCUAAAGACUCUGCUAGUUUCAACAAUUUGUUGAUGUUCUCGCAGAGCAUUUCAUGAUUAAAAAAAAAAAAGGAUAAUGUCUCAAAAUUGGAAAGUAUUU